CUGAAGGUUUAUUUUGAACCAGAGGCGGUUGCAGGAAAUGAUUAAACGGUUCACUUAUUCGACUCUAUACGUUUGAAUCCCAUCCCCGUAAUGUCUAUAAUCUCAAUUUCGAGGUUAUAUACGCUAUAAAGUUCGAAAUUCAAGAUGGAUCGUGGGAGGCCGCUUUUUAUGAAAACGUAUAGCAAGCAUCUUCGGCAAAUCCCUGCCUGGAUCUCUCCUGACAGCCACAAACUGGCAUUCGACUCCAGCCUCUCCACCGGGGCGGACUCCUCUGUCUUGGAGCCCCCCAUAGCCCCGGAGAUCAGCAUGGAGAGCGCUACUUUCGCCAGCCGUAAGGGAAGGCGACCUGCCAAACGAAAAGUGCCGGUGUGUCAGAAGGAGAAGGAAAACACGUCCCCUGCCGUUGAUCCUCCGGUUAAGCAGAGGAAGAAGUACAGCAGGUGGACGACUGCCAAGCCGUCAUUAGACAGUAGCGAGAGCGAAGUGGACUUCACAUCUCGCCCGAAAAGAAGUAAGGUUACUGCGCAACGGAAGAAAAAGUUGAUAAAUGUCCCUGUUCCUUCAGCGGGCCGCUACGUGACCCUCCGCAGGGCAGCCCCCCCGCGCGCUGUCCGCGGUAAGGCCAGCUGCAGCUUCCUGAACUCCUCUGCUGAGUUUGUGGCGAACCAAGAGUCCGUCGCGCCCCGUCGGAUCCUCCGGCCGGCCACCGCUCUUCAGAGCUGCACCUCGGACGUGUCCGAGCCAGGCUCGGUGACUCUGAGCCUCGUCGCCGACCCACACCGACCGGAGGUUUCCCCGGCGGACGCCGCCGAGCGCGUUCUCGGACCCUCUCCCAGCAAGCCCCUCUUCUGCUCCACUCCGUCGGUCUCUCGGCGCCGAAGUCCCGCUGCCGCCACGGUCGCCGCCGCUGCCCCUCCCCAGGACACCUUGAGCCAUUUGAGUUUCCUCUGUACGUCCCAAGAGGACCCGCACUCGCCGGGGGACCCGUUCCACGCUCCCAAUGCCAAGAGCCAAGAUGAGGAGACGGGGUGUCCCUACGUGAUGGACGGCAUCCCCUUCCCAGCCGCCUCCUCCCACAUAUCCUCUGACACCGACAACGACAGCUGCUUCGUGUCUGCGCCGGCAUGGCCGGAAUGGCCGGAAUGGAUGUUGGAGGUUUUAAAGCAUAUCUGUCUGACCGAGCACUGCACUGUGGCGUUGGAGAGGUUGGAAAAGCUGAUCCCAGGAUACCUGGAUGGGUCAAGUUCAGGCCAUUUUCAGAAAACACCCCGGUCGACGGAGUCUGUCGACGACAGCCACUCGGUGGACCCAGCGCGGUCCGAGGGGAACGGAGCGACCCCUGACCCGACCCCGACGUUGCACGCCGGGGACGUUACUGAGCGACAGCCCGCCGUGUCCGCCCACGGCGAUCGGACGGCGGGCUUUUCACAGUCAGCCUCGAGCUCCGCCGACCGUCAGUCGGCACAGUUUACCGACGGUUUCGUGUCAGUGGAUAACACAACUUGUUCAGAGGACUCCGAGGACCUGUCUUGUGUCUGUAUAGAUCCUACCUACAAUGUUGAUGAUGAUGAGGACGACGAAGAGGAGGAGGUGGAUGUGGAUCGGGACAACGACGAGGACAGUGAUUGUAGUGUGGCGGGUGCAAGAGGCACUCACCCACUGGAGGACAGCCCUCCCGUCGAAGAGCGGGGCGCAGCCCUCAGGCCGAAGGAGUGCCAUGUUCCCCUCCGGAGAGUGUCUUUGUCUCCGCAGCCCGCGACUACGCCGCUCCAACUUGAAGCAUCCAGUCCGAGGAGUCACACUGUCGAACAAACCGAAAGCUCCUCUGCUCCUCAAACGGAUCAGGCAGGACGCAAGCGUGACAGGACGAGUACCGCUAGUCGGUGCAGGGCGGUCCCAUGCCCGACUCCUCCUCCCCCGGACCGGGGGGGCGGUGCAGCCGGGCCCCCGGAACCUGCAACCACGCCGCAGGAGGCGUGUCUCACAAAGCCCUGCGCCGUGCUGGUCAAGAGGACCCCAGACCCCGGCCCGGCCCCCCGGAGCGGCCCGGCCCCAGACGGACCUGAGCCCGACGAAGCCAAGCGGCCCGCACGCUCUCCCAGGAGAAGGAGCUCCUCGAAGGGCGUCCCGGAGGUGGCCGUCGCUCCACACGCCCGGGCAGCUGAGCCUCUCUCAAAGCCCGCCCAAAGGAAGGCGGCGUCCAAGGCUCCAAAAGUGAAGAGGAAGAGGUGCUUGUCCAAGGACCAGGGGUCCGGGACGGCGAGGAAGGCGUGCGUCAGCGGCCUGAGCGUCAGUCGCUGGAAGGACCAGAGCAACACCAGCAGCACCCUCCUGUUCCAGGCCCCCCGCGGGGCCCCGAAGGCCGGAGAAUGCAGCUUCACGGAGCCGCUCUCCCUGCAGCAUAAACCAUCCACGGUGUGGAGCCCGGGCCCCCUUCGUGGCAGCAGUGGACUGCUGUCCUCCCCAGUCCGGGCCCUCGGCCUCAACCUGUCCUCCGUGCUGGCACACUUCACGCCCAACACGCACACCUGGAGCCGACUGAAGGCGUCCCUCUCCGUGCACCGCAAGAAGAGAGUCGUGGUCAAUCUCGAAGACUCCUUCAGUAGGGACAUCAGCACGGAGCUCUUUGCCACGUCCACUCAAACCCCAUCCCGGGAAUAUAGCAGGGCCUCGCUGCUGCUCAGCCCCCCUCAGUCGGCGUCCCAGAACGGGGAGGACCUGUCGGAUGCCCAGAAGGUGUACUCCGAGUGCGGCCAGCAGGGGCCGCUGUCCUGGGAGGAGAGCAUCCUCCCCCACCGCCUGGCCCGAUGCCUCAAGGUCGGGGAGGGCACCUUCGGAGAGGUGUUCUCCACCACCAACGCCUCGGGCCAGACGGUGGCCAUCAAGAUCAUUCCAGUGGAGGGCAGCAAAACUGUGAACGGAGAGCCUCAGAAGACCUUUGGGGAAAUCCUCGCUGAGAUCAUCAUAUCCAAGGAGCUCAGCGACCUGAGGAACAAGACGCACAACCAGACCAACGGCUUCAUCGGACUCCAGGACCUGCACUGUGUCCAGGGCUGCUACCCUCCAGUGAUGCUGCAGGCCUGGGACGCCUUCGACCAGUGCAAAGGCUCCGAGAACGACAGACCAGAUUUCUUCGAGCCGCAGCAGUUAUUCCUCAUCCUGGAGUUUGAGUUCGGGGGCAGUGACCUGGAGAACUGCAACGGAACGCUGUCCUCCCUGUCUGUGGCCAAGAGUAUCCUACACCAGGUGACCGCUGCGCUGGCUGUGGCCGAACAGGAGCUGUGCUUUGAACACAGGGACCUCCACUGGGGCAAUGUUCUGGUGGAAACCACCAAGGCCAAGAAAGGGGCAGCGACCUUCCUCCUCGACGGAACAAACCACUCUUUGGACACCAAAGGGGUGCUCGUCCACAUCAUUGAUUUCUCGCUGUCCAGGCUGGAAAUCGACGGCCUGACGGUGUCAUGUGACAUCUCCAACGAAGAGGAGCUGUUCACGGGCCAGGGAGACUAUCAGUUCGACAUCUACAGGCUGAUGCGGCAGGCCAACGGCAACAACUGGAACGCCUACCGGCCCCACUCCAACGUCAUGUGGCUCCAUUACCUGAGCGGCAAGCUGCAAUCCAUGAAGUACCGGGGCAAUGGUGGCCGCGGCAAUAUCCAGAUGCGGAAGAUGCUCACACAUUUCCAUGACAACGUGCUCCAAUACACUUCGGCCACCGAUGCCCUCCGGAGCUGCCCUCUGUUCCAUUAGUGUGUGUGUGUGUGUCUGUGUCUUUUUUUAUUUUUGGCAUAAUUUUUCAAUAAAUGUUACAUUUUUUUUAAUUACCACUGGAGAACACAGAUUGGAUAACGCUACUACCAACCAGAAGGAUACAAGGGGUGACGUAUACAGACCAGUGGCGUUAACCAAUAGAUACGACUUUACCGUAUCCGGUCGGUAAAACAGCAACGCUUUUGCUGCCGCCUAUAUUGAUACAUCGAUGUGAUUGGUUAAUGUUCUGGGCCAGGGGUGGCCCAGAAUAUACACGAGUAUAUUGCUCGUUCCCUGAGUGACUCGCUAAGCAAACUCUAAUCUGGAUUUCCAGGGUUGUAUCGGCUCCAAAUAUGGGCUUAAGGAAAAUCGGUAUUGGCGUAUCGGUCAUCGGCUAAGGCUGAUGGAAAAAAAAAUCGUUAUCUGUCUUAAAAAAUCCAUAUCGGUCGAUCCCUAGUUAAUAAAUAAAUGAGAUGCAAACGUGGUAUGUCUCUGUUAUUUAGAUGGAUGAGAGCGGACAGUAUUAACUCGUGUUACAUCAUCACCCGUAGAUAAUGAGGCCUCAUACAGGCUACUUAUUAAUCACAGACACCAACAGAUGGACACUCUGGACUGGCUCAUGUGUACUUUAUCACUAGUUCAUACAUACGAUUCUUUCAAUACUGAAGUUUAACUGGGGAGAAUAUGAAACGAUCAUUGCAACGUGGCCCUAACUUUCGUAUGGCAUAUAAAGAAAUGUUUUGGGACAGAGGAAUUUGGUUUUAUGCAAAGAAAAAAGUACUGUUUCUGGACUUGUUUGUGUAGACAAUUCCUGGAAUAUACUUUUAUUUAGUAAUUUAAAAAAUAAAAAGUAAGUCCUGCAAAUACAUUGUCAAGACGAAACAAUACUUCAACGGACAUACAUAAUAUAAUAAAACAAAGGCAUAUAAAAACAAAA